AUGGAGAGAAUCAUUUACAACCACGCUCAGGAAAAUCCGGAUGCUGUCGCCGUCGAAGAUGAACAAGUCUCUUUGACCUACGCUGAGCUGUUGGGGGAAGCAAGUCAUCUGGCGUAUGAGCUGGGAGACUUGGAUCCAGACGAGCCUGUCGGUAUCGUGCUGGGCCCUGGGAUUAAUCAGGUAGUUGCUCAGCUGGCGGUUCGCUUGGCUGGCGGGACCUGCGUCCCGCUGGAGCCCUCAAUCCCAGAGCAGCGCAUCAAGGACCUGCUGGAGGAAAUCGAGGUCAGAACUAUCCUGCUAGACGAAGAUUCGUCAGUGAAUUGGCCAGACCGAAAGGUGAUCCGUUUCCCACCCGUCACCGGUGGGAAAACACUCGAUGAAAAGCUUCCCAAGGGUUUCAAGGACCCAUCCGAGCGAAGUCACAUUCUCUUCACGUCCGGAUCCACGGGGAAGCCCAAACCAGUCCAGAUUCGAGCCGAGGCCAUCCUGCAUCUUGCCAACAAGACACCAACAACCCCCUUGCGUAAGAGUGACCGCGUUGCCGAAUUUAACAACCCGGGAUUUGACUUGAGCUUGUAUGAGAUUUGGGUUACUCUCAUUUCGGGAGCCACGGUGUGUGCUAUUCCGCGAGACAGUGCCAUCAGCUCGGGGACGUUGGCCGAUAUGAUCUCAAAGCACAGGCUGACGGUUAUGAUCAUCACAACCGCGCUGUUUACUAUCACAAGCACUCAAGACCCGACAGCAUUCUCUUCUAUUCGGCAUGUCAUCACGGCAGGGGAUGUGGCAAAUGCGCAAGCCAUGAGAGACGUGUUGCAGAAGGGUGCACCCGAGCAUCUUUGGAAUGCUUACGGGCCAACCGAAUGUGCAACCCUGGCUACCAUGCAGGAGGUCACACUUGAAGAAGCAAGCAGAGACCGCAUCGGCAUUGGCAAGGCGGUGGGGGAUUUGGAGCUCGUUUUGCUUGACGAAGAUCAGCAGCCCGUGCAUGAGAGUGGCAUGCAAGGAGAGAUCCAUCUUGGCGGCCCACAAUUGACGCCCGGAUACUUGAACCGACCAGAGCAUAACGAAGAGCGAUUCGUCAGCCUGGACAGAAAGGACUUGGGCCUCGGAGAAGGCACAGUGCGUCUCUACAAAACAGGCGACUUAGCUGAGUGGCGUGAAAACGCUGAUUGCUUGGAUUUUAUUGGUCGAGCCGAUUCUCAAGUCAAGCAUGAAGGUUUCAGAGUUGAGCUGGGCGAAAUUGAACGUGCACUCAUGUCUCACGACGCAGUCCAGUCUGCAGUUCUCAUUCAUCAACCCCCAAUCACAGACGGAGAAGGUCAUGCUCUGGUCGCUUUUGUGUCGGCUAAGAAUGUUGACCAGAAAUCACUCCUUGAAUACGCUCGCGAGCACCUUCCCCAUUACAUGGUACCGAACGGCAUCGAAUUCUUGAAAGAUUUUCCACUGACGCCCAAUGGUAAAGUGGACCGUAAGGCUCUGACCGAGCAGCGACUCGAUGCCUUGAGAAAGAAGCAGAAGGAAUCCAAGACAGACGAGGCAACGGACAAAAGUAAAAGGUCCCAUGACAAGGCGGAGACGCUCCGGAGUCUCUGGAAAAAUCUAUUGCACCUCUCCGAAGGGAUUCAUGAUGAUGAUGACUUUUUCUCCCUGGGCGCCAGCUCACUUCAAGCUGCGUCACUCAUUGGCCAGAUCCGGCAACAGUUUGAGGUUCGGGUUUCGAUGCAAGACCUUCACGGUCACUCUCGAUUUGACCAGAUGCUGGACUUGAUCCAGCCCAGCGAGCGUCGACACAACAGACCACGUGAUGACACCAGGGUGUGGAAGCAGGAUGUGUUUCUAGUUGAUGAGAUUGACAUGGUGCCUGAGUGGGAAGCCAAAGACGAGGGGCGUGUAUUCAUCACCGGUGCGACUGGCUUUGUGGGCGCUCACCUUCUCUCGAAAUUGCUGCAGCGACCGGGCGUCAAACAGAUCGCAUGCCUCGCACGUAGCAAGAAGGAUAUGAGCGCCUGGGCCCGUGUUCAGCAAGCACUCGAGCGAUAUGACGUCUGGCCUGACAAGCUUGAAUACACGCAGAAAAUCCUCGUGCUUGAAGGUGAUCUCACCGAUUGGCAUUUGGGACUUGGACAGGAGAAGUUCACGUGGCUUUCAAACUGGGCGUCGGUGGUCUUUCACCUCGGAGCCAAGGUUAACUUUUGCGAGUCGUAUCGAGAGCACCGCACAACGAACGUCGUUGGUACAAGAAAUGUACUCCACCUUGCGGCCACAGGGCGUCGUAAGGGUUUUCACUAUGUUUCCAGCAUUGAUGUCUGGGGCCCAACCGGAAACAUUUUAGGGACAGAGGAGAUCUACGAGGACGAUCCCCUGCAGCCACAUAUUCAAGGCCUCCGGUAUGAUCUGGGCUAUGCGCAGAGUCAGUGGACCGCCGAAGCGAUGGUGCGCCGGAUGAGAGACCGUGGCCUGCCGGUGACGAUAUACCGCCCGGGAUUCGUCAUUGGCCACAGCCAGACAGGGGCAAUGAAUCCAGAUGAUUUUGUUAGCAGAUUGUUAGUGGCGUCCAUCAAGCUUGGUGCAUUCCCCCGAGUGGUCGAUCAACGUUUGGAGUACGUGACAGUGGAUUAUGUCAUUGACGCAAUGAUGGCCAUUGCGACUCGGAACGAGAAUCUCGGCCGUUCGUAUAGCCUAUUAUCGCCGGAUGUUAGCAAAUCCGUUACGGUGGAACAAACCUGCGACGUCCUCAACGAGGCAGGCUAUCCUCUCGAGCUGCUCGAAUUCAGUGACUGGGUUCAGAAGGUAACCGACAACGAUCCAGAUGGGUUGCUGACGCCGUUGAUGCCUUUGUUCCAAGAACAGGUACUGGGACAGUUGACCCGAUGGGAGGCGAGCCAGUACAGCCCGAUCUAUCGGUGUGACAACGCACUCGAAGCGCUGCAUGAUCAUCCCGAGAUUGAAUAUCGUCCCUUGGACGCAGCUUUAUUCAAGAAGUUUGUCGCCUUUUGGGAUCGUAAGGGAUACCAUCACGUUUGA